CAAUAUAAUCAACUUUAAGUUAAGGAGGAAAAAAAAAAGAAAAAAAAACAGGUACCUACGCUCAUCAUAGGCGCUCUUUCCUGCGCGAUGCAUGAUUUCAUGAACUCGAUGACAAUGGAGGGAAGCACCAAACCCUAGAGAAGAAAGGGCUCCAUCUGUGCAAAUGUAGCAUCUUCCAUGACCCCCAAUCCAUCAAUCCCGCCUUCCUUGCUCUUAAAACACAAAUGAACCAAGAAUGUUAUUGCUAACUACUAUCUUCUGGGUUAGGGCGCUCCUUUUACAACUCCCAAUGUUUCUCUCGAGUUUCUCGGGAUCCAAGAACCGAUAAUCUGGAAGCCAACGUUCUUGGACUUUACCGUGCUAACUGUCGAUCGCUUCAGUGAUUCCUGUGGAUUUGUUAAUACUAGUUAGAGAUGGCUCCAUCUGCUCAGACUCAAAGGGCACUAUCGGCUGUUAAAGCCAUGAAGCUCAUUGGGUUUGAUCAAGCCAAAGCGAAGACUGUCUUGAAGAAGCUGCUCAAAGUUUAUGAGAACAACUGGGAGUAUAUUGAAGCAGAAAACUAUAGGCUUCUUGCGGAUUCCAUACUCGAUGACGAGGAAUCAGUGAAGCCUGAGGCGAAUGAAACUGAUGCUGCUGCAAGUGAGGCUCCUGAAUCAUCGCGCAGGAGGCUAAGGCGUAGACAAGAGGAUUCUGGCCAUCUUCCGUUAACAAUAGAAGCUUCUGCUUCCGGUGAAACUUCACUCAAGAGACCAAAUAUUGUUCAAUCACCCGAAGAACGUCCCACAAAUUGCAGAGGUAAAAUGAUUAAGCCGGUGGAGGCUCAAUGGCCCCAUGAUGGAGAAGGAACGUGCUUAUCGCCUCGUUUGGAACUUAAAAACGGACAUGGUCGUGAAGAUUGCAGCCCUAUUUCAGGGUUACUUUUGAUGCAUGAAAUAGGUAAAAAUCAACCGAGCAGCACAUUUGGAAGUUUAACAUGUUACAAAAAGCCAAAGAUUGAACCUAACAACGAAGUUCUUCAAGAUAUUGUUGCUGUUGGUUUUUCGUCUAUUCAAGAUAUCUCCGUGGAUGAUGUGCCUAUCACAUUGCCGCCACCGAAUGGAAUUCCUUCAAGAACCUCUGUAGCAUUCAAUGGGAAUGAAAUAGAAAGUCUUAAUGUUUCAGCGCAGGAGGCCAGGUCUGAUCUUUCAAGUUCGCCGGAAAGGGUGUCUGCUAAUACUUACAUAGCUUCCUCAAACAUGGGGGAGUGUGCGGUGGAUUUAGCAACUGAAUCUAGUAAAGAUGAACAUGAGAAGGUUAGAAAUGUGAUUCCUCCGUUGGAACCUUUGAAAAGAUUCCAGUCUUCUAGCCCAAAUCAUAUUCUGAUUAAUGGAUCUUCUGGUGGUGCACUGGAUUUGGCUGCAUUGGAAAUUUCAAGGCAAAGCAUGAAUAGUCAUGAUAGCAUUAAUGAUUUGCAGGAAAAUCUUGAUCCAGAAUCCUCAGGCCACAAUGCUUUGCAGUGUUUGGCAAUUGUCCCACAACAAGAGCAUGCUGUUAGUGUUCUCCGUCCCCCACAUGAUGAGAACGACAUAGCAAAAGGCGAAGAAAGAGUCAGAAUUUCACUUGUUAACGAGUUAACCCAAGAGAAAUACCCGCCUUACUUUCAUUAUAUACCUCAGAAUGCUGUUUAUCAGAACGCGCAUGUCAACUUUUCUCUUGCUCGUAUUAAUGACGAAGACUGUUGUCUGAGCUGUUUUGGUGAUUGUUUAAGUGUGCCUAUCCCAUGUGCCUGCACACGAGAAACUGGUGGUGAAUUUGCUUACGCGACAGAUGGCUUACUCAAAAAGGAAUUUUUGGAUGAAUGUGUUUCUAUGAUCCGUUAUCCUGAUAAACAUCAUCAUUUUUACUGUAAGGAUUGUCCCAUAGGAAAGUCCAAGAAUGAGCAUAUGCCUAAUGCUUGCAAGGGACAUCUUGUUAGAAAAUUUAUUAAAGAAUGCUGGAGCAAGUGUGGAUGCAACAAACAUUGUGGCAAUCGUGUUGUUCAGCGUGGCAUAUCACGAAAUUUGCAGGUGUUUUUUAUAGAUGGUGAGAAAGGAUGGGGUCUUCGAGCUCUUGAAGAAUUGCCUAGAGGGGCAUUUAUCUGUGAAUAUGUUGGAGAGAUAUUAACAAACACAGAACUUUAUGAUCGUACCAUUCAAAAGACUGGUGGUGCAAAGCAUACCUACCCUGUGUUAUUGGAUGCUGAUUGGGGUUCGGAAGCUGGAUUGAGGGAUGAGGAAGCUCUUUGCUUAGAUGCUACUUUUUAUGGAAAUAUUGGGAGAUUUGUGAAUCACAGAUGUUUUGAUGCGAAUUUGGUUGAGGUACCCGUUGAGUGGGAGACGCCAGAUCAUCAUUAUUAUCAUCUAGCCUUUUUUACUACGAGAAAAGUAGAAGCUUUGGAAGAGCUUACAUGGGAUUAUGGGAUUGAUUUUGAUGAUCAUUCACAUCCAAUCAAAGCCUUCAAAUGCCUUUGUGGAAGCAAGUUCUGCCGGAACAAAGUUCGAUCAAAGGCCAGAUCGAGAGCAUCUGGCUCGAAGCGAACUGCUGGCGAGUUGCCCGUAAUUUAAAUCGAGCUGACACUAUUUUUUCGCCAGCAAUGUGGAUCAACUCUUGCUCACGAUUUUGGUGUUUUAAGCAAAUAUGCUAAAUUUCUGUAUAGGUGGUGUUGUAGAAGAGAUAUAUUUUGGAUUUUUGCUGUACCUGGCGUGUGUAUAUAUAUAUAUAUAUAUAUAUAUAUAUAUACUUGGCGUUGAAGAUUUGGAUGUUUUGGAGAUAGGUACAGUUGGGGUUUGGGGUUUUAUUAUAAGUUUUGUCCACGAGGAAUUUAUGUUCUGAGCAUAUGGUUUCAAUCGUUUCAAGUGUUUUGUAAUGGACUUUUUGUCGGGGCAGUAGUUUUGAAUGAUUUUAACUUGCUUCUUGACAAUCACCCAUGAAACUGAAUAUAAAA